AUGCCGAUUUUGUCGAUCGAGUCGUCUAUCGACCUCCCCAUUGUCAAAGGGCCCGUACGAGUCUUCUUCAAGCUCGACCUCGAUGCUCUUCACCAUUUCGACCCCACCUUGACCCCAUUCGAUCCCUCCCAGAGCAUUACCAGCGUGCUGCGGAAGGCUCGCGCAGCGCGGGACGUGGCCAAAAGCGAAGUUAGCGAGGCGGUGUUCGGGACUCAGGUAGCACCACUUCCAGGGAACGUUUCCCUCUCCAAACCUCUACAGACUGCUGGAAAGCCUGGAACGCCAGAGGAGUUUCACCGCCCCUGUUGUCAGUACAAGAGCGUCGCUCUAGUCUUUGAUAUCGAGGUCGAGAAGGGUGAUAAGCCGACGUCCGUGAUGGAGAUCAAGGCAGAUAGCAACGAGCUGGUUGACGGGAAGUUGAUGUUUCGGCUGGAAAGGUUGGAAGGGAGAGAAAGGGACCUAGUCCAUAUGUUUGCUCGCCAACUGUACGGCGAAGAUCCGUGA